AGUAUUGAUGUAGACGUCAGGUAGUCCUGUACACUGCCUGCUUACUGCCGCCGCCGCCGCCGCUGGUAGAACUGAUGAUACCGUGAUAUAUCUUACCCUACUGUGGUUUCGUCUGUGAAGUGUUGAGAAGCGGUCAUUGACAGUUUCUCUUAAAGCCUGUGGGAUCUGUUGUCACUCAUCUAAAUGCCUGUGGCCUGCUGACAGUGACGGAAUGAGAGUCGCGGAGAGCGCACUGAUCCUGUCCAAUGGGAGACCUAGUGACCUUGUGUGAAGGUCAUUCCUGCAGGACACCAUGGGGCGCAGGAAGGAAGGCAAGGUCGUCAGGAAAAAGGAUGGCGGCGGCGGUACCACCACCUCGUUAAUGCUGCGCCUUCUGAUGCUGUUGUGCGUGGUGAGCAGCAUGGCCCUGGUGCUGCAGCUGAACCUCACCAACCAGCACAACCUUAUGCUCAGGAACAUCCAGGGAGCGGAGGAACCUCGGGCUUGGGCAGCACAACCGGCGGGCCCGACCUGCCGCCCCCGCCGCCACCUGGUGUUCCUCAAGACCCACAAGUGCGGCUCGUCCACCCUGCAGAGCGUGUUCCUGCGCUACGCCGCUGUCAAUAAUCUGUCGGUGGCGCUCCCGUACUCCGGAGUGUAUCUGGAUGGUGCCGGCAGUGGCCAGUCCCUUAGGGUGAAGGAGCUCAAAGAAUCUCCCUUCGCGCCGCCCUCGGGGAAGUACCACCUGCUGGUGCAUCACACGAGGCUCAACGUGCGCGCCAUGCAGCAGGUCACAUACAACGACUCAGUGUGGGUGACGGUGCUUCGCGAGCCCUCUGCUGUCUUUGAGUCCAUGUUCCACUACUACCAUCUGCACAAGUUCUUCGGCGCGACCUUCGACCACCUCGUCUGGAAGCUGGGCGCCCAUGAUGGAGUGAAAAUGUGGCUCAAGAACGCUAACAGCAGGUAUCAGGGACGGUUGGGGAGGAACCAGAUGAGCUUCGAUCUCGGGCUGGAUGACCUCGACACCCACAUGGACUCAGUAAUGCGCGACGCCAUCAAGAUCCUCGACGACACCUUCCACUUAGUGAUGAUAGCGGAGCGGAUGGACGAAUCGUUAGUGUUACUGAAGCACCUGCUGUGUUGGGGGGACGAGGACGUGGUGGCCAUGGCGCACAACGUAAGGAAGGACCUGUACCGUAGCUACCUCAGCGAGCAGACUGUGGCCACUCUUGAACACUUCAACGCUGCUGACGUCAAGCUGUACUCUUACUUCAAGGAAAAGUUCGACAAGCACGUGGAGGCGUUCGGGCGAGGUCGAAUGGAGCGAGAAGUGGCAAGUCUACGAGCAAAGCGAGACAAGAUGUGGAAGCAAUGCGGUCUGAGGGAAUCACGCUCCUCUUCUUCCAAACACCGCCAGACCUCGGGCAAGGAUCACCACGUCAUUGCCUACCAGAUGCACGUCAACGGCUCCAGCAGGCAAAGGAAAUACUGCCAAGACCUGAUCCGGCCGACUCCCGAGCUCACACAAAUGUUGCGCUGGAAGCAGUAUGCCCGCUACCAUCAGCGCGGCGCUCGGUCUACUCUUAAUCUGUCUUGGUCUCAGACUUUCAAGAGGAAAAAAAUCAAGAGAAAAUCCAGGAAAGGUGUAGUUCUGCCGGUCCGUCGCGUUCACCGCAGCGAUAGGCGCCCAGCGAACCGCCACCGUCCACAGUAACCAGGCAUUCCUUUCAGCCUCCACACACACACACACACACACACACACACACACAUUGAGAGAAAUAUACUCGUGUUAUACGUGAUUUUUUUUUGUGUGUGAAGAAAAGAAGGGAGGCCUGUCUCCAAGAAACUAUUACAUAAUGAUACAAAGACUAUAUACCACCAUCUCUUGUAAGACUUGUGUCAAACGGAAUACACCUGAUCAUAUUUUUAUCCCCUGCACAAUACAUACUUUGGAGGAUCUUAGCGAGAGUCCUGCAGCUCUAGUAUCUUUUUUUUUUUCUCCUUCUUUAAGUCAUGUGUGCACGUAUUGCCUGACUGGAGUGAAUUUCACCAGCUGUGUUUCAUUAUUUAAUAUGCCAAAAUACAUUGUUACGGCCAGCAUGGAUUGCACACAUUUUGUAUCACAAGGUCUUUUACUUUCGUGGGUAAUGGCGUCACGCAAUAUUCAUUUCCCCACAUCGCCCAGCCAUAUCUCUGAAUUAAUUACACUCCUUUCGAGAAUAUGUGUAACAAUAUACAUCAUCUUUCUGAAAGCUGUACCAGUCUCGGGUAAUUUCUCGUACUUGCAGAUUAUCCAGCAUUAUCUCUCAUGUUACCUCCUGUUUCGUCUCCCUCUAUACGGUGGCUAUAUAUGCAUAAAUAAAUAAAUAAAUAAAUAAAUAAAUAAAUAAACAAUG